UCAGAGUCGCUUUGGGGGACUAGUGAGCUUCUCAUCCAGCUGUCCGGAGGAGAGCUGCGGAGCCCGGAAACAUCUGAUCUGAGAAGGUGUGUGGUGUCCUCCUCCCGUCUGCUGCUUCUUCUUCCAGGAUGCAGUUCUCAGUCAGACUGAGCUUCUGCCUGCUGGGCUUCCUUCUCGUCUCUCAGUUCCCUCAGCCAGCACGGGGUCAAGUUUCAUCGCCACGGAGAUUUCGUGCCAAAGUCCUGAGCCCCAGCCGGCUGCAGGUGGCCUGGAAGGAGCCCAAAGGACAGUUUGAUAGCUACAAGGUGGCUUUCACCACACAACCAGGUGGAGAGCAGCAAGAGGUUCAGGUAUCCAAGCAGGAAGCAAAGCUGCUCAUCGAGGACUUUGACCCGUCUAAAGAAUACAACUUUAAGAUAUUUGCUGUCAGUGGAGCACAGCAGAGCAAACCUCUUCAGGCCAAACAUGAAGCUCAGCGAUCGGCUGUUGAGGCGGUUCAGCCUCAGAACAGACAAGACAGCAGCGUCACCGAGGACAACAACGAGAUCUCAGAAGCUGAUGGACAGUUCAUGUGCAGCACCCCGGCCAUCGCUGACAUCGUGAUCCUGGUGGACGGAUCCUGGAGCAUCGGACGUAUCAACUUCCGGCUGGUCAGAACCUUCCUGGAGAACCUGGUCAAAGCUUUCUCUGUGGAGUUCGACAAGACCAGGAUCGGUCUGGCUCAGUACAGUGGGGACCCGAGAAUCGAGUGGCACCUGAACGCUCACACCACCAAAGAGUCUGUGAUCGAGGCGGUGAAGAACCUGCCGUAUAAAGGAGGAAACACUCUGACAGGUCUGGCUCUCACCUUCAUCCUGGAGAACAGCUUCAAACCGGAGUCUGGAUCCCGGCCCGGCGUUCCCAAGAUCGGGAUCCUGAUCACAGACGGGAAGUCCCAGGAUGACGUGAUGCCUCCUGCUCGGAGCCUGAGGGAGGCGGGGAUCGAGCUGUUCGCCAUCGGUGUGAAGAACGCUGAUGAGAACGAGCUGAAGGCGAUCGCGUCUCCUCCGGAGGAAACUCACGUCUACAACGUGGCCGACUUCAGCGUGAUGAGUGACAUCGUGGAGGGUCUCACCAAGACGGUGUGUGACCGCGUGGAGGAGCAGGACAACCAGAUCAAAGGGGGGGGGCAGCCUGCGCCCCCGCCCGCCUCGGUGGCGGCGCCCCGUGACCUCAUCACCUCUGACAUCACGGCUCGCAGCUUCCGGGUGAGGUGGAGCCACGCCCCGGGCCAGGUGGAGAAGUACCGCGUGGUGUACUACCCAGCCAGCGGAGGACAGCCCGAGGAAAAGGUGGUGCAGGGGACGGAGAACAGCGUGGAGCUCAACUACCUCAACUCUCUGACGGAGUACCAGGUGGCCGUGUUCGCCAUCUACCGCAGCUCCGCCAGCGAGGCUCUGAGAGGAAGUGCAACCACGUUGGCGCUGCCCAUGGUGAACGACCUGGAGCUGUUCGACAUCACUCACAGCACCAUGAUGGUCCGCUGGAAGAUCGCCGCCGGGGCUUCUGGGUACAUGAUCCUGUACGCCCCGCUGACGGAGGGAGACCCUGCAGACGAGAAGGAGGUGAAGGUGGCGGACUCUGUGAACGAGGUGGAGCUGGAGGGUCUGACCCCGGAUACAGAGUACACGGUGACGGUGUACGCCAUGUACGGAGAGGAGGCCAGCGACCCCAUGACCAGCCAGCAGACCACAUUACCGCUGACUCCAGCCACCAACCUGCGUUUCUCAGACGUGGACCACAGCUCCGCCCGCCUCACCUGGGCCUCCGCCUCCAGGAAGGCCAAAGGUUACCGCAUCAUGUACGUCAAGACCAACGGAGUCCAGACCAACGAGGUGGAGGUUGGCCGGGUGACCACCUGGUUGCUAAGGAACCUGACCUCCCUGACGGAGUACACGGUCGGCGUCUUCGCCAUCUACGACGAGGGACAAGCUGAGGCCGUGACGGACAGCUUCACCACCAAGACGGUUCCCGACCCUCCGGACCUGAAGAGCAGCGACGUCUCCACAGAGAGCUUCAGGGUCUACUGGCAGCACCCGGCCUCAGACGUGCUGCUGUACCGCCUCACCUGGACCCCCACCGACGGGGGGGACAGUGACGAGGUUAUGGUGAACGGAAACACCAACACCUACCUGAUCAAAGGCCUCAGCCCGCUCACAGAGUACGAAGUCCUCCUCGCCGCCAUCUACGCCAACGAGGUGGAGAGUGACGAGGUGAUCCUGGUGGAGUCCACCCUUGAGAAAACGACCACUGUGGCUACAACGACCACCACCUCAGCAACUCCUCGUUACGGCGUGAGGAACAUGAGGAUCGAUGAUGAGACCACCUACAGCAUGCGGGUGGCCUGGCAGGUCCUGGAGCCCAGGAACAUCCGCCAUUAUAAACUGAGCUACAUCAGCGCCAAGGGAGACCGCGCCGAGGAGACGAGGACGGUGCCGUCGGGUCAGAGCAGUCUGGUCCUGCAGCCUCUGCUCUCAGACACAGAGUACAAGGUCUCCAUUACUCCGGCCUACCCCGAGGGGGACGGGCCCACCGCCUCACGCAUGGGACGCACACGUGAGUCAAACCCCGGUUAACUAACAGCUGUAGAGCUUCAUGUUCCUCCAGGAGGAGGCUUUGUGUUUGUGUCCACCUGAUGAAUUCUCUCUCGUUUAACUCGCUUUUAGCUAGUUUUUGGUCUCCACCGUCCCCCGAGUCAAAGUGACUUUGGCUGCUAAACGCUUUUUUACUGAAAAAAUGCUACAAAGUAUCAAGAUUAAACCUCUGAAUCCAGGAGGUUUUGGUUCAAAUUUGUCAACUUCCUAUGUAUUAAUUUCUGUCUGUGUUUAUGCAUGGCUCCUUUUUCUCCACACAAACGUGGCUAUCAGUCA